AUGAGCUGUGUGCUGCAGACGGCAGAGUCAGAAGUGGAGCUUCCAGAAUCCUUUGGAGACCAGAAGGUCAUGAGAAAGGCAAACAAUGAAUCUGAAUUGAACAAUGCAAACCCCGAGUCAACAGGAUCAAAACUGGAUGAUUUUAGGACACGUCUCCUUGAUUUCAUUGUUGGUAUUACAAUCAUAGCCUUUACCUUCACUUGUUUUUGCUUAAUCCAUCACAAUUGUAUGAUAGAGGAAGUCCAGUCACCAGAAGGGCUCAACAAAAAAAACAUGGCCGCUACGGCAUCCUGGGUAUCCAAAGUCUCAGCUUAUCAACCACAUGUGGUAAAUGAGGACAUUCUAGAAAGUCAACCUCUGCUAUCAAAUGAAGACCAGGGAUCUGGGACCUCACAUCCAGACUCUCUACUCAUGUCAGACAAAGCAGAAAUGCCAAUUGAUUCCUCAAAUUUAGAAAAGGCAUGCAAACCACCCAAAGCAGAAAAGUCAUCCAUACCACACAACACAAACAAGUUAAACAGGCAAUCAGUCUCCAGAAAGUCAUCAAGGCCCCCAAAACAUAAGUCAUCUCAUGUGGAAAAGUCAUAUAAGAAACACAACCUUAAAAAGUCACAGAAGCUAACCCAUGCCUCCAAACUAAUUAAUCAAGAACGAUCACCUUAUUUAGACAAGCAAGCCAUGCCACCUUUCCUAGCUGUCUUACAAGCCUUGGGUACGCAAACCACACAAUCUUGUCCACCACUCUUACAAAAUCAAACCUUGCUAACCAAACCACCCUAUUUAAGGAAACCUAACUGGUCACAUGGACAUUAUAAUCUAAAAAAAUCAGGUAGAAUAGGUCAGGCAGUUGUGUUAACCAAUCCUCCACUAGGCAAAACUUGUCGACAUUAUAAAGAAAGGUGCCUUGUUUGCAAUAGUUCUUCUGAUGUUUUGGCCAAUAAUAUUUUGGAGGCAAAGAAGGAACACACUGGAAACUUUCAUGCUUUAAGGAAAAUGAAGCCUUCUCACAAGUAUUCUCAUGAAGCAGAUUACAAGCACAAUACUUACCAUGAUGCUCAUAAGAAAAAAUGUGAGCAUGAGGAUAGUGAUCAAUAAAUAAUCAUUAUUUGUGAUGUACAGCAUGAUGAUAUUAUUCUUAGAGGUGACUACAAUAACUAA